AUGGCGUCGCGCGUGCCCGCUGGUUACCCUGGCAGCCCCGGCCUCAGUUCGGCCAUGUCACCCUGCCUGAGAAACUCCAAGAGCGGCGGAAUGGGGGAAUCCCUGCGACUACCUGGCUUUUCACGCCGGGUAAGUGCUUGGAGUGAUAACACAGAAGAUCUACAUGAGAAGCAACAAGUGACUUCCAGCCCACGGCUCUAUGUUAAGCGACCAGCUUCGGUUCCCCAUCUUAUCGACCGCUGUGAUGAAUGGAGCUCGGGAAGCGAUCGAUCUGGGGUCAGGGGUCACAGUGACCCAGACGAGCGGUCCCAGGGAGAUUCGAAUGCACAAUUCUGCCGGGAUCACUGCAGGGAACCGACCUUACUCAGGGGAAUAUUUGAAAUAGAUAAGAAAAGCUGUGAUGUGGUGCUGACAUCUGAUCACCUGACUUGGACCCCCAUUCAUCCGGAGACCCCAGGUAGUUACAACACCACACAGCAUGACAAAGAAAAGUGUAUUGAUCUGAAGGAUAUAUUCUCUGUAAAACUUAAACGCAGACGUUCUGUAGGUCAGAAAAAUGGUGGAACAUUGCUGGGUAUUACAAUUUUUUUGUGCAUUAAAAAAGGGCACAAGAUGAAGGAUGACUCAAUUAGUCUUAACAACCUAAGCGAAGAUUUCUGUGAUUUAUGGUUCAGACAAUUAAAGGCAAUUUUGAAUGGAUUUCCAAAUAGACCAAAGUCUCUAAAGGUAAUCAUUAACCCGAACAGUCAUAAAGGAGAAGCUCCCCGUAUCUACUGUGACCACAUCGAGCCUCUUUUUAAACUUGCUGACAUCCAGACUGCUGUUACAGAAACUAAAUAUGCAGGACAUGCCCUUGCACUGCUCAAGGAAUGUGAACUCCAGGAAUAUGAUGGAGUGGUUUGUGUUGGUGGUGAUGGUUCGGCUGCUGAAGUUGCUCAUGGUCUUCUUCUCAGAGCCCAGAUGGAUGCGGGAAAGAAUACAGACUCUAUCUUCACGCCUGUCAGAUCACCAAUUCCUUUUGGCAUAAUACCAGCAGGCUCCACAAAUGUUCUAGCAUAUUCACUACAUGGAAUUCGACAUUGUGUAACGGCUGCAUUGCAUAUCAUCAUGGGAAACAUCCAACCAGUUGAUGUCUGUACUUUUAGCAGCAAUACCAAGCUUCUACGUUUUGGGUUUUCAUCUAUGUUUGGAUUUGGAGGAAGGACACUUGCUUUUGCAGAAAAACACAGAUGGAUGCCUCCCAGGCAAAGACGGGACUUUGCAGUUAUUAAAAAGCUUGCACAAUUAAGGCCAGAGACGUGUGAAUUAUCUUUCUUACCCGUAAGGAAUCCGCAAUUCACAUACAAAGAAGAUAGCAAAAAGAAGAAUACAAAGAAUAACCAAGAUGACACUGCUGAUCCAUGGCGUCUCAUACAGGGCCAGAUGCUGAACAUCAGCUUUAUGGCAAUUCCUUGUCUUUGUUCCAUGGCUCCCAGAGGCUUGGCACCUAAUACCAGGUUAAAUGAUGGAACCAUGGCCCUUGUUGUUGUACGAAAUACUUCAAGAACAGAAUUUGUGAGGCAUUUGAAACGAUACGCAACACUAAAAGAUCAGUUUAGUUUUCCUUUUGUUGAAACAUACUUAGUAGAAGAAGUCACAGUAAGCAUAAUGAACGAAAACACAGAUGAACAUGAACAAAAUAGGGAAUUGCAUAAAAUUUCUACUGGAAAUAUCCACCCGUGGAAUAUUGAUGGGGAUCUACUGGAGACAUCCUCAGAAGUUUGCAUCAGGUUGCAUCCUGGUCUCAUAAACCUCUAUGGAACAAACAUUGAAGAACUGGAUGAAUUCCGAGGAAAGUGCAAUUGCUUAUAAUUUUGAGGAAGCAAAAAUGACACAAACUCAUGUGCUGCAAAAAAAAAUAUUUUAAUAGGCUUGUGACUGUACAAAAAUGUCAAAUAGAUAGAAAUAACUAUUAUGUAAAAAAAAAAAAAACAACAACAAA